GACAAGCUGCUCAUGAGCGAUAUCGUCUUCGUGCGGACUUGGUACCCUGUAUCCCUCCCAGCCUUCUACAAUCCAGUUACUUCCUUGCUGAAGCCUUUGGGUGAAAAAGAUUCGUGGACUGGAAUGAAGACGACUGGUCAGUUACGGCAUGAGAAGGGCAUCAGGCUAAAACAAAACAAGGAUUCCCUCUAUAAGGAAAUCGUGCGACAGAAGAAGCAUUUCAACAAGCUGCAUCUCCCCAAAGCUCUUCAAAAGGCCCUGCCGUUCAAGAACAAACCCAAGAAUCAGGAGAAAGAGCCAUAUUAAUGGCGACCAGUGGAGA